AUGGAGAAAUCCACUGCACUGAAUCUUGAACGGACCGAACCUGGUCUCCAAGAAUAUGAUGUCUCGAAUAUUGAGUCAACGACGAAGAUAGCCAAGGCAACAGCUGCUAUGGCAAUUCGCGGAACUGCCACCGAGCAUCGUCUAGGUUACUGGGAAGGUUUCAAGUUGUAUCGCAAAGGCGUCUUCUGGUCAAUGUUUAUUUCACUUAGUAUUAUCAUGAGAGCCUAUGACAUUGAAAUCAGCGGCAACUUUUUCGCACUGCCGGCAUUUCAAAAGCAUUUUGGUGUGGACUAUGGGCCGGAACAUGGUGGCUAUCAGAUUCCUGCUCGAUGGCAAGUUGCUAUGAGUAUGGGCAGUCUGGUUGGACAGAUUAUUGGCGCAUAUCUAAUUGCAUAUCCAAUGGAGAAAUAUGGUCGCAAGAGAACACUCGCUGUGUGUCUCAUCAUGACUGCCAUCUUGACCUUUAUGCAAUUCUUUGCUAACUCAAUUGGCGUCUUGACGGCAAGCAUGUACCUUAGCGGCGUCGUCUGGGGCGGUUACUGCGUUAUUGCCACUACUUAUGCAUCAGAAGUGCUCCCAUUGAGCCUCCGGGGCUUUCUCACAGGCUAUAUCAACCUUUGCUACGUCAUGGGCCAGUUCAUCCAGACUGGAGUGACUAGGGGGUUCAUCACUCGGAGUGACCAGUGGGCUUACCGCAUUCCGUUUGCUCUGCAAUGGCUAUGGCCAGUGGUUUUGCUCACUGGCUUGCCAUUUGCACCAGAGUCGCCGUGGUGGCUUGUGCGGCAAAACAGGUUCGACGACGCCGAACGAUCACUUCAAAAGCUGGUUCAGCGCACGUCCGAUGUCAAUCCUAAGGAUACAUUGGCCAUGAUGGUAAAGACAGAUAUGCUUGAGCGAGAACUGGAAGUGGGUUCUCGAUAUUCAGAUUGCUGGAAGGGAACCAAUCGGCGACGCAUGGAGAUUUGCAUCUUGCUCUUCGUGAUACAAAACUUUAGUGGCAACCCUGUUGGAUUUGCAACAUACUUCUUCGAGCAGAUUGGUCUGGAUAGUGUUCAGGCCUUUGAUAUGGGUGUCGGUCUCAAUGGAGUUGGCUUUGUCGGAACUCUCCUCUCGGCUAUUCCGCUUAUUUACCUUGGUCGUCGAUCUGCUUAUAUAUUCGGUCUGAGUUUCAUGGUGGCCACUCUGUUUACUGUCGCACUCCUCUGCUUUGCACCGAACUACGCUACCGACACGUCUUUCCGAUGGGCACAAGCGACCCUCCUUAUUGUAUUGCAAUUCAUUUGGCAGAUGACGCUUGGACCGCUCACAUACGUUGUGGUUUGCGAAACUCCGUCGACAAAACUAAGGUCCAAAACCAUUGCAAUUGCGACUGUCAUUGAUGCUCUCACGGGAUUAGUGACGUCGGUAAUUGGACCUUACCUACUUAACCCCGGCGCAGCUGGUAUUGGCGCCAAGAUUGAGUUUCUUUACGGGGGUAUCUCAGUCUGUUCUCUCAUUUGGUGUAUAUUCAGAAUGCCGGAGACGAAAGGGAGAACGUAUGAGGAGCUUGACAUCAUGUUUGAGAGAAAGAUUCCUGCCCGACAGUUCAAGUCGUACAAGUUUGAGAGUGAAGAUGAAGACAUAAUUUAG